CUCCCCUCACCAGACUCUCUCUCUCUCCUUCUCUCUCUCUCCAUUGGCAACAAAAAACCUUACUUUCCUCUCUAUACAACAGUGAGUCCCCUUCGCCUCUCCUCCUCCCCUUCUUCCAACUCUGGAAUACUGUUAGCAUAGAACUCGUUUUCUAUAUAAAAAGGAGUCCUCUUUGAAGGAAGGGGAGGAGGAGGGAGAAGGCGGAACAGGGACCUUUUAUCUGGAUUGAAGUUUUCACACUCUUUUGUCUACAUCUAUAUCUCUUCUGUGUCACUGUGCAAUGAGUCCAUGCUUUGACUGCUCUUCCUCUACCCUCCUCUGCGCUGAGGACAAUGACAGCAUCCUGGGCUUCGAUGAUGAGGAGGAGAAGGGCGGGCAUAGGCUGAGUUGGGUUCCUGAACCAAAAAGGUGCGAUUUUUAUGGGGAUUUGCUCGUGGAUUUCCCCCUGCAGUCGGAUGAGUUCUUGAGCUUGUUGGUCAAGAGAGAGCCGGAGCAUCUGCCGAGGGAGGACUACGGCGAGAGGCUUCGGUCAGGGACAUUAGAACCUUCCAUCAGGAGAGAUGCUAUUGAUUGGAUGUGGAAGGUUCAUGCCUAUUACAAUUUUGGACCACUGAGUGCCUAUUUAUCUGUCAAUUACUUUGAUCGGUUCCUCUCCGAAUAUGAACUCCCACAAGGCAAGACAUGGAUGACACGACUAUUAUCUGUGGCCUGCCUAUCUUUGGCUGCCAAGAUGGAGAAAACUGAUGUCCCUCAGUCCCCAGAUUUACAGGAUGGUGAGGCAAAGUAUGUGUUUGAAGCUAGGGCCAUUAUGAGAAUGGAGCUGAUGGUGCUGAACACCCUCAAAUGGAGGAUGCAAGCUGUGACUCCUUUCUCAUUCAUAGAUUUCUUUCUUCACAAGUUCAAUGGUGACGAUGUACCUAACCAGUCAUCGAUCGUUCGGUCCUCCGAACUCAUCUUGAGCACAACUAGAGGCAUUGAUUUCUUAGCAUUCAGGCCUUCGGUGACUGCUGCGGCCAUUGCGCUGUUGGUUUUGGGAGAAAUCCAGAAUGUGGAUGUUCAGAAGGCCUUGUCUUGUUGCUCCCAUGUUGCAAAGCAGGAAGGAGUGUUGGAAUGCUAUGAAGUGAUUCAAGACAAAGUAUUGAUGAGGAAGCAGUCAGCUAAAGAUGUUAGCCUAUCAGCAUCCUCUGUGCCACAAAGCCCAAUUGGGGUGUUGGAUGCUCCAUGCCUGAGCUACAAGAGUGAUGAUGCAACUGUUGUGUCACAUGCAACUUGUCUUGGUCCUUCUCCAGCUAGCAAGAGGAGGAAAAUAAGCAGAUGACCAAUCUCAUGGAGUAUUAUUUUGUCUGCUCAUCAUCUCUUGGGAGGUUCUGGUGCUUUGGAACAUGUAUUUUGGUUUGGUUAGGGAGGAUUUUGGUGUGUUCAGGGGUUUCACCCCCACCCCCACCCCCAAAAAAAAAA